UAGAAGUGUUUAAGAGCUCGUAUUAAACGUAUUGCAGAGCAGCAUCCCCAAAAGGAAUAUUCCCUCCACACACACACACACACAAACACACGCACACAGUAUUAACUCAAGUGAAAUAUAAAAAUGGCUGCUAAGAAUUUUACACAAAUGUUGCUGUUGAGCUGCUGCUUUGGUUUAUUGCUGAGUCACAGUGAAGCUGCGCCGCGCUACAGUUCAAACUCGCUAAAGCGGCCAUUCGACCUGAAGGCUUCAGGCAGUGAAACAUAUUUGGCCUACACAGGCAGUCCACAACAGCCAAUGCAACUGACAGGCAACUACAAUAUGAUCUUGCCCGAUUACUACGACAAUCAUCCAGCUGAAUCGAUGCAACUGCAGAACUUUGCCAACUUCUACGAUGCGGAGACGGGCAACAAUGAUCUGGGCAUGGAUGAAUCGCAGUUCCUUUCGAGCACUCCAGUUCGUAAUCCUCAACCCAUCAAUGCCGAGGAGCAGCGAGUGCGACAACAUUUGCCAACCAUCGAUGUUGCUGUGGAGAAACGAGCGCUCAAGAAUUUGAAGAAGGGCAGCACAAAACCGCGAGGUGCCGAGUAUCCGGAAUGGGAUCAGUUUGAUUAUGAUCUCUAUGGUGUGAAUCCCGGCGACAGCAAAAAGUACAAUCACGAUUUCUGAACAAAAACUGAUAAUUGAUAGCAACUAUGAGCUGGGAAUUGUUGUUGUUGACUUUACUCGUCUGUGUUUAUUAUUUGUUGUGUUAAGUAAUGAAAUAAAUUAUUUAUUUAUUGUAAAA